CAACGCAUAUCCACCGAUCUUGAUAUUGGAGAGAUUAGUUUUACUUCUUCGCUUUGCUUGUUUGUUUCUCGGGAUACAAAUACAUCUAUCUACCUACAGGUACAUACAUACAAUACUUAAAAUAACACUCUACAUACAAUCAUACCCCAAACGCAAACAUGGAAACAGUCAAUAAUAUCGCGGCUGCUGCAUCGAAGGUUAUCUGGGGCGAGCCUCAAGAAACGACAGAUGCGGCAAAUGCAACGGUAGUGCCAGAGACGAAGGGAACGGAACCGAUUAGUGGGGAGUUGGGCGAUACGAAGAAGGGGGAGCCGUAUGAUUUGGGGAAUGCGGGGUUGAGUGCGAUGAGGAUAAGAUGUAUUAUUCCCAAACCACGCAAAACACCCCUUUCCUCCACCACCGACGGUACCACAUCUACUUUCACACCCACCGACACCACGACUCUCUCACCCCCGGGCCUCGCCGCCAAACCUCUCGAUUCCUCCUCUACCUCUACCUCCACCAUCUCUCCAACCCCCGACUCCGUAUCCCGCACGCUCGCCGAAACACACAUUGCGCCACUUUCCUCCGAUCCAUCUGAUCCUACCCCUUCCACUUUCACUUCCAUCAAACCCACUUCUGAAAAACCUUUAAUCUCCGAACACAUCAAUCCCAAUCUCCCCUCCUCAACCACCACAACCACAACCGAGCCUCCAAACCCCACCGGCAAACCCAUCGAAACCUUAACCUCAACCUCAACCGCAACCGACAAACCAAGCAGCACAGCCAACGCCCAAGACGUCCCUACCGAUCUCCAACCGCUCGGAGCAAACCCAUCAUCAUCAUCAUCAAAACCAUCAAAACCAUCAUCUGAGGCACAGGAAACCCCUGCGUUCGAAAACACAGGCGCCGGAGAAAAACAUGUCAAGAGCUCGGGGUUGGUAGCCGAGGGGGGAAACUUCGAUGCGACGAGGCCUGGGGCUGGGAGGGAGGCAAAUCGAUUGUUGGGGAAGGAGGGGAGUGCAAGUGCGGUGGGUAGUGAAGAGGACCAUGACCAUGAAAAUGAACAUGGUGAGGGAAAGAAAGAGGGAAAGUUGACGCAUUUGAAGGAGAAGAUUAAGGAGAAGUUGCAUAAGCAUUAGGGUUGUGCAUGGAUGGAUGGAUGUGUGAUAGGGGUGACAGGGGUUAUGAUAUCAUUUAUGUUAUUUUUGGAUUCGGAAUCAGGGUGAAGUUUGGAGGUUUAUUUCUUGUUCUUUUUUUUCUUGUUCUUGGGGAAUAUGGAUUUUGUAUGAUGUAUGAUGUAUGAUGAGAUGCGUUAUGAGAUUAUAUGAAACGAAAUGAGAUGAUAAUUCAUGAAUU